CUCUAACAAACUCAGAAGUGACCCACACCACUCUGCAGCUCUCUUCUGAACAGUUUGCAUUAAAAAAAAACCUGCGAAUAAUGUGAUCUACAAAUCAACGAAGAGUGUGUUCGCGUGACGUUUGUGCUUCCCAUCAUUGCGUCUGGUUGCGAUUUUGGGUUUCGCGCCGUCUCUCAGUGAUCUGUGCACACCUCUUACCAAGAGAUGCUGCCAUGUCCCGACGGCUGUUUCCGCGACUGAACGUGCGCUGGAUUGCGGCGCUGCUCGCGCACCUGCAGCGAGGUGAAAACUACGCUACAGAAGACUCUUCUAAUGCCAGCAAAACGUACAUAUUAAUCACAGAAUCGAAGACUUGGGAAGAUGCCCAGACUUACUGCAAACAAUACCACACAGAUCUAGCCGUCAUCGACAACAGUGAAGACAGUGCAGCUUUUCCUGUUGAUGCAGCAUAUGUAUGGAUUGGUCUGAUCUCCUCAUACUGGUCUGAUGGAGGGUUUUCAAGCUUCCGGUACUGGGCACAGGAUAAUUCCGAGUCAUCUCUUGAUGAUACAUGUACUGCUAUGGAUAAUUCUGGGGAAUGGAUCAGUAAACAAUGCAACCUCAAAAUGUCAUUCAUUUGCUAUGGAGGACCCCAGCCUGGCUCUUACCAUUACCACUAUGUGCCAUACCCAAGGACUUGGCUCAAAGCUCAGACAUACUGCAGAUUAGUAUACACUGAUCUGGCUACCAUCGAUAGCUCUGAUGAUGUGAAUAGUCUUAUGAAUAUAGUUGAUCCUGGCUACAGUGGUUCUUUAUGGAUUGGACUAAACAGAGCACAAACACAGUGGGGAUGGUCUCGAGGGGACCAAUCUGUUUUCACCAAUUGGGAUGUAGGAAGGCCAAAUGGUUCUGGACAAUGUGUAGUUAGUAUCAACAAUGUCUGGAGAGAUUACGAUUGCACAGCACCUUUGUAUUUUGUGUGCUACUCUGAGGGAACUGGAUACAUUAUGGUUGAGUCUAACAAAACAUGGCAUGAUGCUCAGAGUUACUGCCGAAGCAGCUACACUGACUUGGCAACAAUUCGCUCUCUGUGGGAACAGAGACAGUUGUUGCAGCUUGUUGGUAGAGGAGUAUUGGUCUGGGUUGGCUUAUAUCAAGACACCUGGGGGUGGUCUGACCAGUCAAGCUUCUUUUUCAGAAACUGGGCAUUUGGACAACCAAGUUCCAUGUCUGAUAAUUGUACUACUCUGAUGACAAGUGAUUCUGGAAAAUGGACUGUUCAGAAUUGUGACACAGCACUUCCUUUUAUCUGCUAUGGAGGCGAGUCUCAAUAG